CCACGACGACUGCCCCAAACAAUGCCCCCUCAGCAGAGAACCCCGCGCAACAACAGCGCACGAACAACAACGAUGACGAUGACGAUGACGACGAAUCAGAAUUUGAUGAAUUAGAUGGUACUUCUAUACACUCUCUUUCUUCAAUUCCGAUGUAUAUUGUUAUCUAACAAACAAUGUAAUAUAACAGAGGUCCUCGACGACUUCAAACCCAAACCAUCCCCCGCCCCCGCCAAACCCGAUGCCGCACAACCAUCUGCCCCCGAUGACUUCGACGAGGAGGCCUUCCUCCGCCAACUCGAACAAGAUAUGGCGAAUAUGAUGGGCGGUGGUGGCGGCGCCAGCAAUGACGCUGCUGCGGCUGCGGCUGCGGCUGGCGCCACCGAUACCAACGAUGGCGGCCUCGACAAAGACGCCGAGGCAUUCGCCAAGAUCCUCGAGGAAAGCGGAGUCUCGCCGUCCGACUUUCUGAAACAGCUCGUCGGAGACGUCAUGAUGAAAGGCGACGACGAUAACAGCACUACGGCCGCCACCGCGGGCUCUUCAGCAGCACCAGCACCAGCAGCAUCAUCAACGCCAUCAACAAGUGGCACCGCAGCACCUGAAACCUUCAAUGACACUAUCCAGCGCACAAUCGAACGGAUGAAAGAAUCCGGCGACAAAGCCACAGCGGCAGCCUCGGAGGACGACAUGUCGGAUGAUCUGGUAGCGCAACUCAUCAAGGCGAUCGAGGCGGGGGCAUCGUCAGGUGAAGGUGGUGACGAGGGGGAUCUGACGAAGAUGUUCAUGGGCAUGAUGGAGCAAUUGUCGAAUAAGGAGAUCUUGUACGAGCCAAUUAAGGAGCUUGACACGAAGUUUGGGCCGUGGAUCAAGGAGAAUAAGGGCAAGGGCAAGGUGUCGGACGAGGAUAUGGCAAGGUAUGAGAGGCAGGCUGGAGUGGUCAGGCAGAUUGUGAGUAAGUUUGAGGAGAAGGGGUAUUCGGAUGAGGAUCCGAAGUGUAGGGAGUACGUGUGGGAGAAGAUGCAGGAGGUAAGCCCAUCCCAUUGCGAUCAUUUGUCGUGCUGUUCAGUACUAACUCGGGUUCUAGAUGCAAGCUGCGGGUAACCCGCCUGAUGAGCUGAUUUCUGCUCCUUGGAUGGAGGAUCUUAAGGGUCCGGGUGGUGGUGCUGGCGCGGG